GUUUUCUCCUCUGACUUCUGGUCCCGCCGGGGCGCGUGCUGGCGGUGCAGGCGGUCCGCGGUGUGGCUGACCGACCCGGCGGUCCGCGGUGUGGCUGGCGGACCCGGGAGGGGUCUAGCUCGGGCCGGCGAGCCCUGUGCAGCUGCUCCCCGAGGGCCUGGACUGGAAGCGGUGGGAAGCGCGGGGGGAUCGGCCAGCCCUGGCAAUCUUCGGCGUGAGGCAUUUGCUUGACUUCGUUGUGGAAAGCUGGGAGAAACUACAAGAUUAUUUCUGACAUUUGUGUGUUGCAUCAUUCAUUAGUAAGAAUAUAUGCUGAAAAGCCAUGCCGUCCUAUCUCACAAGGCAGAAGACCCGAAAAACUUUCUCAUGGGUUGGCAGGCCAUUGCCGGAUCGAAAACAGUACUACCAAAUCUACAAAGAAAUGUGUAUAAAAAUCAAUGAUUGUUCCUCUGAGAUUCGCAUCAAGGUUGGACAGUUCGUGGUGAUUAAAGGCGAUGAUAAUAAAAAACCCUAUGUUGCUAAACUGAUUGAAUUAUUUGAAGAUGCAUCUACAUUUCCUUCCAAGAAAUGUGCUCGAGUGCAGUGGUUUGUCCGAUUCUCUGAGAUCCCUAUCUCUAAAAGGCAUUUAUUGGGCCGGCAGCCUGCUGCACAGGAGAUAUUCUGGUAUGACUAUUCUGACUGUGAUAACCAAAUUUAUGUGGAGACCAUCAUUGGCCCUGUUCAGGUAGUGGCUUUAGCCCCAGAUGAAGUGAUCCCUAUGGAUCAGAAAAGUGAGGAGACACUCUUUGUGAAGCUGUCCUGGAAUAAAAAGAAGUUCGAACCACUGUCACCAGAAGUACUUGCAGCAUUGAAGAAACAAGAAGAUAGCCCCGAGUGCCGCAAACCUUUAGAGGCCAAGAUUAAGAAAGUAAAAAGUCCUUCUUGGAACACAACAGAACAAGUGGUCAAAAGGACUGAAUCAAGUCACCCUACCUCUAAAUCUUACCAGAUGCCUGCUCACCCUGUCUCCCCCAGUGCUAGGAAACUGCUAGAACCCAAUGGCUUUCCCAGGAAGCCUAACAUGAGGCUAUCACAGAAGAUCUUGUGUGACUCCUUGGAUUCUCAAAAGAAUUCUAAACGGAAAACAGCCUUCUCUGAAACAACCUCACCGCCUAAGAGGUCUCAGCCUGGUGAAAUCAAGACCUCUUCACCUUUGAAAACUCUAGGAAAAAACGGACAGACUCAUUCCUUUUAUGCCAAAGGUAGCAUGAUUCUGAGAGCCCAAGGCCCAGCUAUGAUGGCCACAAAGAUUAGCGUGGAGAGGGCACUCAGGCCUCUCAGGAGCAGGGUGAGUUCUUCAGCGGUGCCUACUGUGAUCCUGACGCCAGAGUACAUUGGGAGGGACACAAAGGAACAAGAAGCUCACAAAGAACCCACCCGUAGUUCCCAUCGUGUACAUAGAAGGAGUUCUCUCUUGACUUUGAAACGGAUUAGGCAACAGCUUUGGCUUCUAGAUGAUAAAAGUGACCAAGAAGAGGAAGAGUUCAUAUCCUCAACAGAGGUGUCAGACUCCACUAGUGAGGAGGAAGAUGAUUCUAUUCCCUCCCUUCCAAAGAGAAAUCCCCAACGGCAGUCCAGGAACCGGAGGUUGGCCUCAAAGCCAUCAUUGCAGACCCCCUCCAAGACACCACAGAAAACUCCUAAUCCUCGAACACCUCAUCACGCCACUCCUCAGAUUCGAGGCAGGAACCUCGCUGUCCAGGAGCCGGCUAGCGUGCUUGAAGAGGCUCGGCUGAGGCUGCAUGUUUCUGCUGUGCCUGACUCUCUUCCCUGUCGAGAACAGGAAUUCCAAGACGUCUACAACUUUGUGGAAAGCAAACUUCUUGAUGGGACUGGAGGGUGUAUGUACAUUUCUGGGGUUCCUGGGACAGGGAAGACGGCCACCGUACACGAGGUCAUACGCUGUCUGCAGCAGGCAGCCCAAACAAAUGAUGUUCCUCCCUUUGAAUAUGUUGAGGUCAAUGGCAUGAAGCUGACAGAGCCUCACCAAGUCUAUGUGCAGAUUUUACAGAAGCUGACGGGCCAGAAGGCGACAGCUAACCAUGCAGCAGAACUGCUGGCAAAGCGCUUCUGCAGCCCAGGGUGCUCGCAGGAAACCACGGUGCUGCUUGUGGAUGAGCUCGACCUUCUCUGGACUCACAAACAAGAUGUCAUGUACAACCUCUUUGAUUGGCCUACUCACAAGGGAGCCCGGCUGGUGGUCCUGGCCAUUGCCAACACCAUGGACCUGCCAGAGAGGAUCAUGAUGAACCGCGUGUCUAGCCGACUGGGUCUCACCAGGAUGUCCUUCCAGCCCUAUUCUCACAGCCAACUGAAACAGAUCCUAGUGUCCCGACUCAGGCAUUUAAAGGCCUUUGAGGAUGAUGCCAUCCAGUUGGUAGCCAGAAAGGAACUGUUCCCUCCUGGAGCAGGGCUUUCUGAGAGCCAUUAUUGCAGAAUUCCGCCGAUCUGGACUAGAGGAAGCAACAUUUCAACAGAUAUACAGUCAGCACGUGGCUCUGUGCAGGAUGGAGGGACUGCCCUACCCUACCAUGUCAGAGACCAUGGCUGUGUGCUCACGCCUGGGUGCUUGCCGCCUCCUCCUGGUGGAGCCCAGCAGGAAUGACCUGCUCCUUCGAGUGAGGCUCAACGUGAGCCAGGAUGAUGUGCUGUACGCUCUGAAAGAAGAGUGAAGGGCUCCACAGAAAAAGCCUUACUGUUUUUCUUCAGAACGUGGAAUCGUAGCAAAAUAUACGGAAUGGAAAUGGUUGUUGUAGACUGUCAUUUUAUGUUAUUUAGUUUGCUUUCUCCAGAGUGAGUUGAUGGUAACAUACUAUGUAUAUAAAGAUAUAUUUAUAUAUAUGUACAGUAUACUUGUAUCUAUGUAAAGUAGUUCUGGGAGAAUUUAUAUGAAAUUGGCUACACUGGUUGCCUCUGGGAAAUACCUGGUGGUUUGUCAGGGGUGAGAGGAAGACUUUAUUCUAUGCCAUGAUGUAUUUGAUUGUGAAUGAUGUAAAGUAAAAUUGAU